AUGGCCGACCCUCAACUGAAUCCCCUGCUCUCGACGAAGCCAUCUGACGCUGGUCUCACCGUCUCCCUCCAUCCUCUCGUCCUCCUCACAGUCUCCGACCAUUUCACCAGACAUUCAGUAAGGAAGCAAAAGGGUCCAAUUGCUGGAGCACUUCUUGGCCAACAGAAGGGUCGAGAGAUUACAGCAGAAUACGCUUUCGCCACAGACCUAGUCCAGAACUCCGAGGGUCAAUGGCUUUUCGAUGUUGCUUGGAUGGAGGACCGGGUGCAGAAGUACCGAGACGUUCAUAAAGCACCUGCACUGGAAUUUGUGGGAUGGUACACUCUGUUCCCAGAGUCUGGCCCGUCAGCGGCAAUAGUCCCUCUACAACGACAAGCAAUCACCUUCUAUAAUGAGAGCGCCGUGUUAUUAGCCCUGCAUCCGGAAGCUAUUGUUCAAGCUGAUACAACUAAUGCCCGUCUCCCUGUGUCACUAUACGAAAGUGUGGAUGAAGUUGAACAUCAGAAGGAUGAGGGCUCAAUGCAGGUUGACGGCGACGAGUCAAGCUCAUCAGACAUCAAGUUCCGCCCACUGCCUUACACAAUCGAAACCGACGAGACUGAGAUGAUCGCAAUUGACUAUGUCGCCAAAGGCGCAGGAAAUGCCACAGCUGUAGUAGAGACCACAUCAGACAUCACCGCUCCACCUCCACCUCCAGAGCCUGUGACGGAUAAGAAAGGCAAGAAGCGCGCAGACACGCCAUCAGCUGCUGCAGUCGCAACAUCUGAGACUGGUCAGAACUCGACCAACGGUGCUUCUGAAGCCAAUCCACUGAUACCGGAGGAAGAAGAUCAGAUUGCUAGCAUAACCACGCGGCUCAACUCGGUCAAGAUGCUUCAGACACGUAUCUCUCUCCUCCGACAAUUCAUUCAAUCCCUUCCCCCAUCCUAUCUAUCGGAUCAGGCAUCCUCCGAGGCACCUGACCCUUCACAUCUUCCUCACCUGCGCAAUAUUCAGGCUCUCGUGACCCGCCUCUCACUCUUAACGCCUGUGGAAUCUUCAUCUGCUAUGAAAUCACUCUCCGCCGCCACACAAGCUCAAUCUAACGAUGUCGCAUUAGCCAGCGUGCUCUCUUUACUCGGCCAGGACAUUCAAUCCUUGAGUGAGCUUGGGCGUAAGUUCGCUACAGUGGAAACCCACCGAAACUCCAAGGUAGGCAAACUUGGAGCCACUGGGCUGGGUGGAGGUGGCGGUACAGGGAGUUUGGGCUCCAAAAGCGGAGGCGGAACAGGUGGCUUCGGCGGCUUGGAUGAAGGUGAUGGUCGAUUUGGCGGGCUUGCUGGGCUAGCUGGAUCCGGUCCUGGUCGCGCUAUGCUCACCUGA